AUGCCGCCCAAGGCAGACGAGUCAUGGGAGUUCAAGGCUCAAGUCCUCGAGAUCAUCCCGCAUACCAAGAAGAAAGGCUUCACGGUAUUGCUGUUGUGGCCUGAUGGUACCACGACGAAAUCGUCCAAGGCGGUUGUUUACGCAAAGAUGCCGCAGACCAUGCUAGCGUAUUUUGAGAGCAAUCUAGUAUAUGAGGAUGAGAUCCCAGAAGACAAGCCUGGUUCAGCAAAGCGCAAGACGCCGGCCAAGUCGACGAAAGAGACAGAGAGCGCAGAGGCAUCCCCAGCUCCGGCAAUGACAGAGGAAUCAGGGCCUUCAGCCCGCAAGUCAAAUAAGCGGGCGAGUGAGCCUGAGCGACGACGCGAAAGCGGGCGACUCCGCGAGACUUCUGAGCCUGUGGCGAGCUCACAUAAGAAGGCCAAGAAGGAGGAGUUCUUUGAGCUCGAUAAGAUUGUGGAUGAGCGCAUGCGUCAUGGGAAACGUGAGUAUCGUCUUCGCUGGGUCGGGUAUGGGCCGUCAGACGACACUUGGUCACCGGAGAAGCACACACUGGAGGAUUCUCCUGAGGCUGUCCAGCUGCUCUUUGUGUUGUCAAAUUUGAGGCUACAUCUCCGACAACCCUUCAUGGGCAUAUGCGCCUCCUGCUUUGGCCAGUCGCAGGACGAUGCAAGUCUCAAUGAAGGUCACAACGAGUCGACGCCGCUGCUACAGGAUCCAGCGCUCGUCUUGGCAGCACCACAGCGGCAUGAGCCCAACCCGGAAGAGCAACAGCGUGAACAGGAGUUUCUAAAUCGCGUCGUCCAGCAUGCCGCGGAGUCGCUGGUGGAUAUAAAGGCCUUUGCACAAGCUGGGCAGGGUGUAUCGGAAGAGCAGCGGCAGGUGCGCGUGAAGCAGCUGGAGAGUAUCCUCGAUAGGCUACUGGCGGACACGGCGCAUCAUGGCGGCGCCGCGGGUGAUGCAGAGUAUGUGGAAGCGCCGCCUCGGGCAGCAGGUACGGACCAAGGCGACUGGUCUCUGCGGCCUGUUGGGCCUAUCAUCGUGCCACUUGCACAGGCCUCGUAGACGUGACUGCUACAAAGAUGUUUAUACUCUGGAGUCUGGACGAGAUCCAUCAUCCUUCCUCUCCUCCAUGCUCAGGCCUGCAGUUUACACAUGUCGCUGCCAUAGAAGAGCUUUUCAUGCGACACGGUCUGCAACAAGUCCAUUGGAUGUAGCGCAUGUGGCCUUGCAGACGGUGCACG